AUGGAUCACGAUCCUUUGACAUAGUUCCUGCAUCUCCUCAAAUAGAAGUUAGUAAUCACUGAGAAAUAAUUCUGGGAAUUGAGUAACGAAGAAGGUCAUUCUGCAGAAUAAGAAAUAGCAUUAGCCAAAGAAUUAAUGAUGUAAGAAAGACAUAUUUAAUUGAUUGACUAAACUAUAAAGUAAAUGGACUAAAUAAUUUUAGAUUGAGGAAUCAGGAUAAAACAUUGAACUUUGCUUUCCCAAUGAAGUAUGCGAUGAACUUGAUAUAAAAUCCUGAAAUCAUUGAAGAAUUCAAGCAGUAUAAUAUUAUCGAUGUUUCAGAAGAAUUCGAAAAGAUUGUAAUAGUCUUAUCAUUAUAAAUUUAAGAAUCAUAUUACUAUCACAGAAGAAUAAGUAAAAGGCUUUUUGAUAAUGAAAUUUGAUGACACAGCUAGUUAAAAAAGUGAUGCUUGGGAAGAUGAUCUAGGCGAGGUUGUGGAAGUUGAUAAUCAAGAAUUGGAAGCAUUAGAAAAAGAAGUUGAUUAAUAGGAAGAGAAAAUAAUAGAGGAAGAAGAAUAAAUGAUUAAAUAGUAGCCUGAAUUAUUAGAACAAAUCGAAGAUAAUCAUAUAGAUCCUAGUUGGAAAAUUGAUGAAUCUAAAGCUUAAUUGAAAAUACAUAGUAAAGUUAUAUGCACCUUUGCUCAAAAUCCUGUUUCAAAAGAUUUGAUUGCCAGUGGUUCUGAAGAUGAUCAUUUAAAACUUAUUAAACUUAGCACUCAAAAAGUGAUUUUUGAAAAGAAAUACGAUGAAACUGUAGGAUUAGUUGAUUUUAGUUCUGAUGGCAAAUAUGUUGCUGCUGGUAUACUGACAGGAAAGAUUUAUAUCUAUUUAUUAAGUGAUAUGAGUGAGAAAGUGCUUGAUGGAAGUUAAACAGAACCAAGUGUAUUGAAAUGGCAUCCAAAAGGAAAUGUUAUUUUGGCAGGGUUCUAAGAUUCUACUUUAUGGAUGUGGAAUGGAGUUACUGGUGAAGUAAUGAGUGUAUUUGCUGGUCAUGAGGCAGAGAUUACAUGUGGUGGUUUCACUCUGGAUGGUAAAUUAGUUGUGAGUGGCUCGGCUGAUCAAUCAUUUAGAGUUUGGAAACCAAAUACUUCUGAAUAAGUUUUUAAAAUAAGUUCAGUUUCACACAAGCAUAAUUAUCAUAAAGAUGAUGUUGUCUGUUUUGUAUAGCAUCAUAAAUAACCAAUAAUUGCGACUGGAAGUAGUGAUUCCACUAUUGCAUUCAUAAAUUUUGAGGAUGGAAAAGUAAAUUCUAAUCUAACUUUUAGGUUAUUGGCAAAAGCGAUCCAUUAGGAGACAGCAUUGUUGAGUUAUGUUUCAUAGGAACUAAUUAACCUAUUAUUGUUGCUGGAGAUAUGUCAGGUUCUGUGUAUAUAUAUAAUUGGAAUUCAAUGAAAUUAAUUGAAAAACUCUGUUUAUGCAAAGUAAUUUAUAAACAUCUAUAAUUAGAAUUCAAUCACUAAAAUUUUGUUUUAUAAUCAACAAUUCCACAUCUCUAGUUUAGAUGGUAAAAUUGUCACAUUCGAUGUAAGAUAAAUGCACAAUUACAGAGUACUUCAAGCUAAAUCAGGGAUCUAUGAAAUGAUUGUUGAAGAAGGGUGGAUUUUAGUUGGUUGUGAGAAUGGUUUUGUAUAUGUUUAUUGA